CGCUUGACGCGCCGCCUUUGUGUUGACGCCGCACAUUUGAGUGGACCGAAGACGGAGCAGAGAUGUGGUGGCUGCUGUGGGUGCUCGCCGCCCUGCUGGCGCUCUUCUGCUGCCUGGACGUGUGGUACUUCCUGCGGGCCGCCGUGGUGAUCCUGCGGGCCUGGUUUCAGCCUCCGAUCUGGGACAUCACGGCAGAGCAGACCAUGACGGGCCGGGUCACCCCCCGUGACAUCGACAUGUGCCACAUGAACAAUGCUCGCUACCUCCGGGAGUGUGACUUUGCCCGCUUCUCUCUCUACACCCGUAACGGCGUGUUCAAGGCCCUGCGAGCCCUCGGGGCGUCGGCGGUCGUCGGCGCCACCACCAUCCGGUACCGCAGGGCUCUGUGCAUCGGGGAGGGCUACGAGCUGCGGAGUCGCAUCGUCACUUGGGACGACAAAGCUUUUUUCCUGGAGCAGAGAUUCGUGUCGACAAAAGACGGGCUGGUGUGCGCCGUCAUGUACUGCAAGCAGAGCGUCGUGCGCAGCAGUCCGGACAGGAUCAUGCAGCACCUGUGCAAAAGGAAGGUGGAGUGCCCUGAGUUUCCAGAGGACCUCCAGCACUGGGUCAACUUCAUCUCCGCCAGCAGCCAGGCCCUCAGAGCCGAGAGCGGCCUGGACGAGAAGAACAAAUGAGACACCGCUUGGGCAGCUAUCAGGACUGGCUCUUUGUAAGCAGACAGUUCACCAGCUCUGGAUGCAACGUCUUCAGAGAGACAUUGAACUUCUCAUCACACUUGUGCCUCUACUUUACCUUGACCUCAGUAUCUACAGACGUAAAACACUGGAACAGCCGUUCACUGCACUGAUUUGAGAGCUGAGUCAUCAUUCAGGAAUGGAAAAGAAAUGUGAUUGUACCAUUUUUGAUCUAUGGCUGCAAUAAAAACUAAUUCAGGAGUUUA